CGAGCCUGUGGCACCCCGUGUGGGGGGCGUUUCAGCAGCCCGGGGAGCUACUGGCUGUGUGUGGGCAGCAGGUCCGUGGGGAGAUGGAGCUCGGCGAAGAAGAGUUCAGUUACCUGGAAGCCAUAAUAGAGAACAGCGGCAGCAGUGACGGUGAAUCCUCAGAGGAUGAAGAUGCCAAAGACCAAUGUGCUCAGCUGGAGUCUCCAGGCCAGGAGCAGGAUAGCAUGCUGAAUGAGUUUGAACAUGCCUCCCGGGCCCUGCUGGAAGAGCUCUCCAACCUGGAGGCUGAGUUCGAAAUUGAGAAGUCCUGCCGGCAACAAGCCGAGGUCUAUGCCGCAAAGGUGAGCCAGGAGAACAAGCAGUUGAAGAGGAUCAGUGUGGCUCUCCUCCCUCACCUAGAUCCCCAGCACCUGCAGAUUGUGAGCCAGGAGGAGGGGCUCCCCGAGGACCCCAUCCCCCAUCCCGCCCAGAAGCAGGUACAAGAGCUGCAGACCAAGGUGUCCACCCUCCUGGGAGAGAAGAAGGACUUAACCCUUCAAGUGCAGGAGCUGCAGAACCAACUGAGGAAGAAGGAAGAUCAGAUCCUAGAGGAGCAGCUGGAGAAAAGCUCCCUGAAGCUGGCCAUGGAACGUAGCCAGAAGACCCUAUGGAAGCUGAAACGAGCGUCCCACAUGGCCAUACAGGAGUGCAGUGAGGUGAAGCAGCAACUGGAGGUGGAACAAGAUCUUCGCCAGCACGCAGAGGUCUUCGCCCACCAGAUGCUGGUAAAGCAGAAGGAGGCAAACCGGCAGAGUGCCAUCCUGCUGCAGGGCACGGCACCUGGCGCCCAGCUCCUGGCAGCCCUGGAGGAGGUGGCAACCCUCACCCGGACCCUGGAGGAAGUCAGGCAGCAGCACAAAGAACAAGAGCAUCUCCUGAAACUGGACCUGCAGGCCCGGCCGGGCCCGGGAGCACUGGAGGCCUUGAGUGAGGAGCUGAGGGCUGCCCGAGAGGAGACCUGCCGGCUGGGGAAGAGGCUGCAGGAAGCGGAGGAGCGGAAUGCCCGGCUGGAGGCCGAAGUUGGCAUCCUGGGUCAGCAGAGGAAGUGCGCUGCAGCCUCGACCCCUGAAUCGGAGGGGAACCCUGCCCCCGCCUCAUCCCUCCCAUCACCGCCCCCCCCACCGCCCCCUCCACCACCUCCCCCACCCUCUACAUCCCCACUGGACCCACUGCAGGCUCUGAGGGAGAAGAGGAGUGUGCUGAGGACUGGGCUGGCUGCCUCCAGCUCUGCACCCUCUCUGGAGGACAUGAAGGCCCUGGCCGUGCAGGAGAUGAUGAGCAGAAUCAAACGCGGGGUGGUCCUGCGACCCAUGACUAAGGAGCGGCCAACCACCAGCCAGGACAGUAGCAAGCGCAGAAGCAAUGCUGUGAGUGAGCUGCAGAAUGUCCUGGCAAUGGGGCGGAGGCCACUGAGAAGUGGCAGCAGGAGACGGGGCAGCCAGAAGGGCCAGGACACGCAGCUGAGUGCCAUCCUGCAGAGACGCCGGCGACUGGUGGAUGUGUCAGGAGAAGGGCCGGCCGGGGAUGGCGGAGGAGUCAGGGAGGAACGAGGACCGGUCCCUAGCCCAUUGGGCUCAGAGAAGGUCCCGGCAGAAAGUGUCCGGCUCAGACAGAGGACAGGGGCUCUGGAGAGGGACAUCCCCCGCCUGCGCGGGGCAAGGACCUGGUGCCGCUCAGAGCUGCGCUUGAAGGGCGCCAGCAGCCUAGAGAAAGAUAGGUCUGGUGAUGCCUGACCAGCCUGAAGUUGCGACUUCUGUGACCUGACC